AUUAUGAGUCAUAAACGCUUCCAUAUUUAGGAGCUCUAUAGUUGAUGGCCUGUCGUUCUGGCAGGCGGCCACCAGAGGGCGGUGUGUACUCGCCCUGAAGAUCCCUUCUCCUACUCCUGUCACGUUCGCACCGAGGAGCGACUCCUGUCUUUCCAUGAAAGUAAAACCUCUCCGGAUUGGCUGUGGCGCCGACGCGGCCAUCUUAUGCACUCUGUCAAAACUUGGGGUUCGCUCCCAGUUUCCUGUCAAAAUCCGCCUUUUCUUUUCUGUAGUUAGUUAGAGAACACCUCCAAACUGAUCCUCCCGGGGGACCCUGUUGUUAAUGCGACCAAAACUAGCGACACUUCGGCAAAUUGUCUGUCGUCCAAUCACAGGAGGGCUCACUAAUAUGCAAAUGAGGCGUUAUCACGGUCACGUCAGCAGCAGCAGAGCGGCGGUGCCGUGGUCGCCAACAGGAGUACAACUAUCAUCACAGACACAACUUCGCCGAUAGCGCUGUGUAAACACGGACGACCGGAGUUGCGUUCCGCGGUUGUUUGAAGGUACCCUAUAAUGGACAUGCUGUAGCUCUGUAAGGUUACUGGGACCAACUCGAUCCAGUUGUGCUCCCAAGGUUCCCCCUCACCCUUUGGCCUCUGCCAUGGACUUUUUUGACGACCCUAACCUCUUUGAAGGAGGUUUGGAAGGGUUGGAAGAGGAUGGCUUCCCCCCGGGGCCAUCACUUGUGGAUGAGCUCAACUUCAGUGCCGAUUUUGAACCCCUCCAAGUGGAGACACUUGGCCCCGGAAAGCAUCAAGACAUGAUGCCGGCAGUCUCGGCUCAACAGGCCCUACCCAAUUACAGUCAGCAAAUGGGUCAUUAUGCUGGAAUUAAGCCGCAGAACCCCAUCGCACAGGCCUUUUCUGGUCCUCAAAGCGCAGGAUGUGGGAUCAUGGCAGACCAGCUUGGCCAGUUUCACAACCCAGCAAUUGGUCAAGUGCCUCAAUCCAAUGGAUUGUUCUGCAACAGUGGGAGUCCAAUGUGGGGCAAUCAAGACCAGAAUGGUAACGUGUUCCACCCCUUAUCUCAGCAGCAGCAGCAGCUUUGUCAUCAGCAAUUGCACAACCAGCAACUGCAUGUCCAACAGCACGCACAACAGCAAAACCUCUCCUGCCGUCAUCAACAGGAGGAGCAGCAACACCGAAUGCGACAGCAGCAGCUGCAGCAGCAGCAGCAAAGUCAUCAUCAGCAUCUGUUAAACCAGCACCGACAAAUGAACACAUCAGUUGUUUCCCUGCAGCAACAGCAUCACAACUUCUCCUUCCACCAGGGAGGCCAGUCCAACAGCCAACAGCAAGUACCACAUACUCAGCAGCCAAUCCAACACCAAAUUACUCAGAGAGAAGCACAGUUUUAUUCAAGGGUUCAUCCCAGUAAGUCUUAUUUAGAAAAUACUUCUCUGAGUAGGACUCCGUUACAAAUACAGCAGCAGGAUAGUUACCAUGCAUUGCGGAGAGGUCAAGCCUUUCCCGGACCAGGACUGGAAGACUCUAUCCUAUCACACCAGACGCAUUCAUCAUCAAGAGUUCAGUCCCUUUCAACAUGCUCUGUCACUUCUGCUAAUGCUUACCAACCAGCUCUGUACCCCGCGUACCCCGGGGAGUCAGAAAUACCCAGUUUUAGUCAGCUGUCUUCAUCUACAGCCACAGUAUCUGGGCCCACUGCCACUUCAUCUCUCACUUCUACACUGCCUGGGCUCUCAGGGGCAGCAUGCCAGUUCCAGUCCCCAGCUCUUAUGCGUCAGCUGCACACUAAAACAACCAUCAACCAGGCAGACGAGUGCUCCUUCCAGGUCUUGGGGUGCUCCGUCGAGACCCAGAAAAACUGCAAGUCAUCGGGGAUGCUUGACGAAACGAUGAAGUGUUACCCUGGCAUUGGCAGGCCCCUGCCCUCUGAGCAGCCUCAGCGCCGUGGGGCUAUUAACACUAAUGGAUACCAAGCCUUAGGAGAUGGGCUUUUGCCUUCAGAAGCCCAGGAUUCAGAGCUGGAGAACCUGGAACCUACUGACCUGCUACCUGACCUUCUGCCCCAGCUGGAGGACGCUUUCAAGGCUGAAUCAUGGAUAGAAGCCAGUCAUAAGGGGGGUGAAGACAGCAAACUGACAUCCAUUGAAUACAAAGCUGAAAAGCCUCGAAAGAACAUCAAUGGUCCGGGAAGCCAGGUGUGCGUCCUCAGUCCUCCAGUGAAGAGCAACUCGUCGUCGUCGUCUUCUUCCUCUUCGUCCUCUUCAUCAUCGUCCUCGUCGUCCAGCUCCCCGUCGGAGAAGAGGGUACCUCGGAGGACGCAUCAACAGAUGGAGUCGAAUCUUCAGGAGAAGCAGGAGAAGGCAAAUAGAAUCAUAUCAGAGGCUAUUGCUAAAGCCCGGCAACGAGGGGAGAAGAACAUCCCACGGGUCAUGAGCCCAGAGAGUUUCCCCAGUUCUUCUGCUCAGUUCAAGGCCCACCGGGACCGUGGCCACAAAGGAAAUGGCAAGGCCCGGUCCAAAGACAAGUCAUCGAAGAGGGCCUGCAUUGUACAGUCCAAGCCAAAGCAGAAGGCCAAGAUCGGGAAAAUUGUCAUAAAGAUUGGAAAAAAGAAGAAACGAAAGCCGGAGUCUUCCGAGGAGGAGUCGGAUGACGAUCCUCCCCUUCGACACACUUCUAAAGAUGACGACUCUAAGAGGCGUUCUAACCGACAGGUGAAGCGAAAAAAGUACACUGAAGAGCUGGAGACCAGGCUGUCCGAUGAAGAAGUCAAGGUGAUUGUUAAAGCCAAGAAAACCAACACAGCAGCAUCCAAGCAACCGUCCGUGCAGCUGUUUGUUGAGAAUCCUACAGAGGAGGACGCCGCCAUCGUUGAUAAAAUCAUGUCUUCUCGAAUGGCAAAGAAGGAGGUCUCCCCGGGAGUGGUGGUAGAAGUGGAGGAGUUUUUUGUAAAAUACAAGAACUACUCCUACUUACACUGCGAGUGGGCCACAGAGCAGCAGCUGGAGAAGGACAAGAGGAUUCAGCAGAAGAUCAAACGCUUCAAGAUGAAACAAGCACAGAGGGCCCUCUUCUUUGCAGAUAUGGAGGAGGAACCUUUUAAUCCCGAUUAUCUAGAGGUGGACCGAGUACUGGAAGUGUCGUAUUGUGAGGACAAAGACACAGGGCAGGAAGUGGUGUAUUACCUGGUGAAGUGGUGCUCUCUGCCUUAUGAGGACAGCACCUGGGAGCUGAAGGACGACGUGGAUCAAAGCAAGAUUGAAGAGUUUGAGCAGCUGCAGGCAGCCAAGCCAGACUCUCGGAGGGUGGAGCGGCCCCCAGCCAACCUGUGGAAGAAAAAGGAGCAUUCGAGGGAGUACAGGAACGGUAACAUGCUCAGGGACUACCAGCUUGAGGGGGUCAACUGGCUCCUGUUCAACUGGUACAACAGACGCAACUGCAUCCUGGCUGAUGAGAUGGGCCUGGGAAAGACCAUCCAGUCCAUCACAUUCCUGGAGGAGAUUCAUCGCAUUGGCAUCAAGGCGCCUUUCCUCAUCAUUGCACCCCUCUCCACCAUCGCCAACUGGGAACGCGAGUUCCACACGUGGACCCACCUCAACGUCAUCGUUUACCACGGGAGCGUCGUCAGUCGGCAGAUGCUCCAGCAGUACGAGAUGUACUUCAGGGAUGCUCAGGGUCGUGCGAUACGAGGUGCCUACAGGUUCCAGGCUGUCAUCACCACAUUCGAGAUGAUCCUGGGCGGCUGCCCUGAGCUCAACGCCAUCGAGUGGCGCUGCGUCAUCAUCGACGAGGCCCACCGCCUCAAGAACAAAAACUGCAAGCUUCUGGAAGGUUUCAAGCUCAUGAAUUUGGAGCACAAGGUCUUGCUGACGGGUACGCCUCUGCAGAACACAGUGGAGGAGCUGUUCAGCCUCCUCCACUUUCUGGAGCCGACGCGCUUCCCCUCAGAAAACACCUUCAUGCAGGAGUUUGGAGACCUGAAGACCGAGGAGCAGGUGCAGAAACUGCAGGGCAUCCUGAAACCCAUGAUGCUGCGUCGUUUGAAAGAGGAUGUGGAGAAGAAACUGGCUCCUAAAGAAGAAACCAUCAUUGAGGUUGAACUGACCAACAUCCAGAAGAAAUACUACCGCGCCAUCCUGGAGAAGAACUUCUCUUUUCUGGCGAAAGGAGCGGGCCAGGCAAACAUGCCCAAUCUGGUCAACACAAUGAUGGAACUAAGGAAGUGUUGCAACCACCCCUACCUCAUCAAAGGAGCAGAAGAGAAGAUUCUAGAGGACUUCAGGGAAGUCUAUAACCCCUCUGCCCCCGACUAUCACCUUCAGGCAAUGGUUCAGUCUGCUGGAAAGUUGGUCCUCAUUGAUAAACUGCUGCCUAAGAUGAAGGCUGGGGGCCACAAAGUGCUCAUUUUCUCUCAAAUGGUGCGCUGCCUGGACAUCUUAGAAGACUACCUCAUUCAGAGAAGGUACUUGUAUGAGCGGAUUGAUGGUCGUGUUCGUGGAAACCUGCGACAAGCUGCUAUUGACCGCUUCAGUAAGCCCGACUCGGACCGCUUCGUUUUCCUUCUCUGUACAAGAGCGGGAGGCCUGGGAAUCAACCUGACUGCAGCCGACACCUGCAUCAUCUUUGACUCCGACUGGAACCCACAGAACGACCUGCAGGCUCAGGCUCGCUGUCAUCGGAUCGGUCAGAACAAGGCGGUGAAGGUGUACCGACUGAUCACCAGGAAUUCAUACGAGCGGGAGAUGUUUGAUCGAGCAAGCCUCAAGCUGGGCCUGGACAAAGCUGUGCUGCAGAGCAUGAGCGGCCGAGAUAACAGCCUGGGAGGAGGCUCCGGGGGAGGCGCUGUGCAGCAGCAGCUGUCCAAGAAGGAGAUUGAGGAUCUGUUGCGGCGUGGCGCCUAUGGGGCCAUCAUGGAUGAAGAGGACGAAGGGGCCAAAUUCUGUGAGGAGGACAUUGACCAGAUCCUCCAGCGUAGAACAAAAACUAUCACUAUCGAGUCUGAGGGACGUGGGUCCACUUUUGCUAAGGCCAGUUUUGUAGCAUCUGGAAACCGCACAGACAUCUCUCUGGAUGACCCUAAUUUCUGGGACAAGUGGGCUAAAAAGGCUGACAUUGAUAUGGAAAUGGUCAACGGCAGAAACAGCUUAGUGAUCGACACACCUCGCGUCAGGAAGCAGACCAGACCGUUCAGCGCCACCAAGGACGAGUUGGCAGAACUCUCUGAGGGGGAAAGUGACGGUGACGAAACCAAGCCUAAACUCAGGCGGAACGAUCGCCUCAACAGCUACGGGCGCACCGAGUGCUUCAGAGUGGAGAAGAACUUGCUUGUAUACGGAUGGGGUCGCUGGAAGGAUAUUCUCAACCACGGCCGUUUUAAAAAACAGUUGACCGAGUGGGACGUGGAGUCCAUCUGCAGGGCCCUGCUGGCGUACUGCCUGGUCCAUUACCGCGGCGAUGACAAAAUCAAGAGCUUCAUGUGGGACCUCAUUGCCCCGACCGAGGAUGGGCGCACAAAGGAGCUGCAGAAUCACCUGGGCCUGUCAGCUCCCGUCCCACGGGGCAGGAAGGGGAAGAAGAUGAAGACUCAGUCCAGCUCUUUCGACAUCCACAAGGCAGAGUGGUUGAGGAAACACAACCCUGAGCACAUUCUUCUGGACGAUGGCUACAAGAAACACCUGAAGCAUCAUUGCAACAAGGUGCUGCUCAGGGUCAGAAUGCUCUACUACCUAAAACAAGAGGUGAUAGGGAGCCUGGCCCAAAAGGUGCUGGACGGCGUGGACUCCAGUGAGAUAAAGAUCUGGGUUCCAGAUCCAGACCAUUCGGAGCUGCCGGCUCUGUGGUGGGACGCAAUUGCUGACAAAUGUCUGCUUCUCGGCAUCUUCAAGCAUGGUUAUGAAAAGUACAACACUAUUCGCGCAGACCCAACACUGUGCUUCUUAGAGCGCGUGGGACGACCCGAUGAGAAGGCGAUCGCUGCCGAGCAGAGAGCCAACGAUUUAAUGGAUGGGGAUGUGGAUGAUCCGGAGUACAAGCCUGCUCCAGCCCUGCUGAAGGAUGACAUGGAGGAUGACGCCUCCUCUCCUGGAGAUUUAGUCGUCUCUGAUAAUGCCGGAGAUGCUGCCCCUGUGAUGGAAGGCCAGACUGCCUACUGGCCCUCCCCGUCCAUCCUGACAGCCAGACUGAGGCGGCUGAUCACCGCCUCCCAGCGCUUCACCAAGACCCGGCAAAUCAUGCACAUCCACCAGGCUCAGUCUCAGACCCAGGCCGUCUCCCAGCAGCCUAUGGUUCUGUCCACUGCGUUCUGCCCGCUGCCCCCGACGCUCAACGACACACUCAACCCCAAGAUGGCCGCAAAGAUCGAGCGCCAGCAAAGGUGGACGAGGCGCGAAGAGGCAGAUUUCUAUCGAGUGGUUUCCACAUUCGGGGUGGUUUUUGACCCAAGCCUGGGGCGCUUUGACUGGACCAAGUUCAGAGCCAUGGCACGACUGCACAAGAAAACCGACGAGAGCCUUCAGAAGUACCUCUGCGCCUUCACCGCCAUGUGUCGACGGGUGUGUCGCCUGCCGCCAAAAGAAGGAGACUCGGCCGUGGAUCCCUCUCUCACCAUCCAGCCUAUCACGGAGGAGCGAGCUUCUCGCACCCUGUACAGAGUCGAGCUGCUCCGCCAAGUCCGGGAACAAGUUCUCAGACACCCGCUGCUCUACGAACGGCUGCCGCUUUGUCAGAUGAGCUCGGAUCUGCCCGUGUGGUGGGAGGCCGGCGCUCACGACCGCGACCUGUUGAUCGGGGCUGCGAAGCACGGCGUGAGCCGCACAGAUUACCACAUCCUCAGAGACCCCGAGCUCAGCUUCAUGGCCGCCCAGCGCAACUACAGCCAAAAUAAAGCUGCACAGCAGCAGGCACACUUACCCGCCCCCCACCUGCACCCUCAGUACCAGGCCGCCAGCGCAGGGCUGACGGGCUCUCCGAUGCCCCCGUCCGCUCAGAAAGACGCCGAUCCCUGUGGGGUUAUACCCAAAGUGGAGCCCGCCUCAGAGGAGGAGGAAGAGGAAGCUAAAGAGAGGCAAGUGGAGAACUGGAGUGCCCCCGAAGUGCUCUCGGCUCCCUCGGUUCUGGAAGAGAAGCCGGUUUUACCAGUGAGGGACAUGGAGAAGCAGAUGGUGGCCGCGCGAACCAAACCACUCACACCCAACUCGUCUGAGAAGAAACCCAAAAAGUCCAGCAAGAGAGGCCGCAAGGAGGCCAGGCGCGGCUCCGAGUCGGACUCAGAUGGCUCCUCUUCAAGCUCGUCCUCCCGCUCCUCUUCGUCUUCUUCCUCAUCUUCCUCCUCCUCGCGCUCCGGAUCCAGCUCCUCCUCCUCAUCGACGUCUUGCUCCUCCGGCUCCUCGUCUUCCUCCUCCUCCUCCUCGUCCUCUUCCGACGACAGUGAAAGUGAGGGAGAGGAAGAGAAGAAGAAAGUGCCUGCAGCAGCAAGUGUGAAAGGUUUUGAUGAGGACAGCGUGGCGUCUCUGAGCGCCGCACGUGACGAAGCACAAGAUGCCCAUCUGUCGGAGAAUGGGGUCUCCAGCAAUUCAUCUCAUCCCUUCCAGGGAGGAGGGUACAUGCUGGCUGCUUCCUACUGGCCUAAGGACCGAGUCAUUAUCAACCGCCUCGACAGCAUCUGCCAGGCAGUGCUCAAAGGCAAGUGGCCCGGCCCACGGCGGGUCUACGAGCCCGGCAGCGCAGUGGCCUCCUUCUACACCACCAAGCUGCUGGACAAUGCCAGCACCAGCGUGAGCGAGGACCCCUCUGCCUCGCCACAGGGGUCAAAGGUGACCAAGCAUGUUGCAGAAAACAAGGAGUUCUCAGUAAAACUCAACGAUCAGGAAGGGGGUCUGAAGCUGACCUUCCAGAAGCAAGGUCUACCUCUGAAGAGGCCUUUGGAGCCCGAAGAGGGCCACCAGGCCCAGCAGCAGUACCUGGCCCGGCUUCAGGAGCUGCAGAACGCCUCGGACACGGGACUGGCUGACAUUACAAAGCCUCAAAGCAACUUCCAGACGGUUCCUCCAGGUCUUACCAGUCAGAUGAGACUGAACGGAGCUCUCGACGGUCAGCCGGCGGUGAAGAAGAGGAGGGGCAGGAAGAAGAACGUGGAGGGGAUGGACAUGCUUUUCAUGAACAGGAAUCAAGUCCCUGCUGCUCCCCAUCAGGUGCCUCCUGGUUGGGGAGGUAUCGGUCAGGUGGGCAUGUCUGCAGCCGCCAUGCCAAACUACAGCCCGAGCACCAGUCAGGUCCCUGCAGACACGGAGAGCAGGGUUCCUGUUAUUAACCUCAAAGACGGCACCCGGCUCGCUGGAGACGAUGCGCCCAAGAAGAAAGAUCUGGAGCAGUGGCUCAGCGAGCAUCCUGGCUUUGUGGCAGACACCGGGGCCUUCAUCCCUGGAGUAAAUAAGAUGCAAAUGCAGUUCCACUUCCAGGACGGUCGGCCAAAACAGAAAAGGCACCGCUGCAGGAACCCCAACAAGAUUGAUGUCAACAGUCUGACGGGAGAAGAAAGGGUCCAAAUUAUCAACAGGAGAAAUGCACGCAAGAUCGGGGGAGCCUUCGCUCCUCCUCUCAAGGAUUUGUCCCGGUUCCUCCAGGAAAACCCGGAGUAUGGAGUCCCUCCGGAAUGGGCUGAUGUAGUCAAACAGUCGGGUUACCUUCCAGAGAGCAUGUUUGAUCGGAUCCUGACAGGACCCAUUGUUCCCGAGGAGGUCAGCCGACGAGGUCGCCGGCCUAAGAAUCCUCUAGCAAAGAUGGCUGCCUCAGCCCCGAACCCGGCUGCCUCCGCCCUGGGCUUGAACCCGGUCUUGGCGAACGGCAUGCUCCCUGGUAUGGACCUCACCAGUUUGCAGGCCUUCCAGCAGAACCUCCAGAGUUUACAGUCCCUGCAGCUCACCGCUGGUCUCUUAGGCCUGCCGUCCGACGCCGGCAACCUGGCUGCGAGUAAUUUAGCUGCUAUGUUUCCCAUGAUGCUCUCUGGCAUGGCUGGGAUGCCGAACCUGCUCGGGAUGAGCAACCUGCUCGGGAAACCAGCUCAGGAAGGAGCAGGAGGCUCUGAAGAGAAGACAAAGGGAACCGAUGAGACGUCUGCCUCCGAAGCCCCCUCUCACACCUCAGACAACAAAGGAGAAAGGACAGAGGACUCGGACGGGACUCCUUCCUCCACUUCCAGCUCUUCUUCCUCUGCCACCACCACACAAAGUGCUUCAGCUGCAUCUGCAGCCACCAGUCAACCACUUUCUCUUAACCCUUUGUUACUCUCCAGUAUGCUUUACCCAGGGAUGCUUCUCACUCCAGGCCUUAACCUUCCUGUGUCUGCCACACAGCAGCAGAGCUCAAACAAUGACCCUUCCACCCUUCCGUCUGCUGCUGCUGCUCCUGCAACACCCCAGUCCUCACUGCAAGGGGCAGAGCAGCCACAAACGCAGAAGGAUCAAGAGGAGGAGGACGACGAGGCGCCAGAGGAGACCGUGGACGAGGAGGACGACGAGGACGA